UUUAGAUGGGUUGAUUGUCUUUUACGAAUUCUACAAACAUGUAUAGCGCCGGACGACGUAAGAGCCGCAUUGAAGAAAUUGCCUAAAGACUUGGAUUCUGUCUAUACGAGGAUCCUGGAGAGCAUCGAUGAGAUGCAGAGGGUAUACAUUCAGCGAGCGAUGCAUUGGCUCACAUUCUCGGUGGAGCCAUUGACAUUGAGUCAGCUUGCAGAGGCUGUUCGGAUCGAGUACGACGUUGACAAAUAUGGCGAGGACUCUAAACCACUCUUCAACAUGAGCUCCCUGAUGAGCAUUUGCCCAAGUCUUAUUUCCUUCGAAGAUGCCAGGAAUGGCCAAUCCGCCUCCCAGGAAGACCGCAGAUUGCGACUAGCACAUUUCUCGGUAAAGGAAUAUUUGAUCUCCGAACGGGCAGCUCAAGGCCCUGGUGCCUACUGUCAUAUUUCGGAGGACAAAGCCAAUUUCCUGAUGGGCCAUGCUUGCCUCAGUCGAAUACUGUGGCAUAAUGCACCGGCGACUGUACAGGAGGGCAAAGUUGAAGAAACUUCGUUUCUCUACCACAGCUCGCGCUACUGGUUCAGGUAUAUUGGAUCUAUUGAGGAUACAGCACCCACUCAACUCUCCAAUGCCGCAUUGAAGGUCCUAGAGCUUGGCAAGGGCUGGUUAGAUGUAUAUGACCCCGACUGUCCUUACCGAGAUCCGCUAGUACUGCCAGGUUCCAGAGUUUACCCACCAGCUCUCUACUACUCCUCCCUGUUAAAUUUAGUGACUACCUGUAAAUUACUAGUUAGUAGAACCGAGGAUGCAGUAAACGUGAAUGCUCAGGGUGGCGAGUAUGGCAAUGCACUACAGGCAGCUGCAAUACGGGGAAACGAAUCGGUUGCACGGGUUCUCCUCGAGCAUGGGGCAGAGGUGAAUGCUCAGGGUGGCGCGUGUGGCAAUGCACUACAAGCCGCUGCGUACGGGGGAAACGAAUCGGUUGUG